AUGGCUUCCCGCUUCGUCCUCGCUUCCGCCCCCAUCGCGCGCGGCGCCUUCGCCGUCGGUAGACAGACCGCCCGCAUCUCGACGACGAGAAUCGUCGGUUUGAAGGAGUCUGCUGGACACUCGGACGAGCAGAUCCACGAGAAGCACAAGCAAGACUCCCUCUCCAAGCAGAAGCAGGGCAAGGGCCACUGGAAGCCCGAGCUCGCCUCCGACAGCGAGGAGGCCAUCAAGGCCGACCGCAGCCACGAGGGCGUCGACCCCAAGACCCUGGCGGAGCGCACCAAGCGGGCCGCCGAGGAGACGAGCAAGGCCGGUACGAGCAUGAGAGAGGGGUUGUAA